CUUGACAGCUUCGAUGACGAUGCUCCAGAUCCUCUUUGGCGUCGACAACACGCAGGUCGGCACGUACCAGUACGACGCACCGACGAUCCCGCGCUACCUUCGCAUGCACAUGGCUGACCCGACACGCCAAGCGAACGAGAUUCGCUCGAUGCUAGCGUCAGGAAGCCACAUCAUGUACAUGGAGCCCGACCGCGAGAACGCGUCCGAGUAUACCAUGCUCGCAGGCAACUGCUCGACGUACCAGCCGAGCGACCGCCUCUACAACGAGUCGCACCUUCUGCCGGUGCUCCAGCGCGUGCUUCAGAGUCUCUCGAGCCCGAUCGACUUGUAUGGGGCAACGCACGCCGUGCUCAUCGACUGCGACUACACGGGGCGGGUGUUCCAAGACACGUCCAUCUUCAAGGCCUACCUCGUCGACGUUAACCUCGUCAACAUGUCAUCGAUCGUGCUGCAAACCAUGGUGGCCGAGCGCUCAUCGACGCACCUCCAGACGCACGUUGGUCCCGCGAUCGUCUCGACCGUGCCCAUGAAAUCGUUCUACGAACUCCCGCCUAUCCAAGACCCUGUUGGGUUUCAAUUUGGUCUCAACGCGACAAGCGCAUCGAGCUACCACACCGCUGUCUCCUUCUACUUUCCAUACGAGAACGCAACGCCUUUCCACGAGAUGCACAUCACGGAAACACUGCCGAGCAACCAGUGGGCCGCGACCGUCGUGGGCACCAACGAAUCGCUCGUUAUCAAUGGCUACUCGGGCUACUACCGCAACAGCAACAACGACCAAGUCAACUACAUCCGGUAUGUGAUUGCCAUGUCGGGCAACCCGGUGCGGGACUUUGUCGUCGACCUCUUCGUCUCGCUCGGACAUACAAAAGACUCGUGGGCGUGGGUGCAAGGCUUGGUCAUCCUCACGAUCAGCAUCCGCAUUGCCUUCACGAUCCUCGUAGCAGCGGUCGUCUCGGCACGCUACUUUCUCGCGACACAGUCGAUUUGGUUUCCCGAUGUCUUUACGACCAUCAAGCGCUACAUCCGCAUUCGGGCCUUCCUCUUCGUCGUUGCCUUGGUGAUUGACCGCUUCUGGGCGCUCGAAGAGUAUGUGCUCACGACAACGUUCGUCCGCUACAACCUCCUCCCGAUGUUUGUGCUGGGCGCCAACGUGCGCUCGGACUUUCUCACUCUCUUUAUUGUCUGGACCGACCUCUGGGCGACCGCCCUGCAUCUUUCGCUGCCUCCGUUCGUGCCUGUCGCUUUGUACUUUGUCUGCUUUGGCUACAGCAACGACGUGGUCCAGCUGGUGACGUCCAAGGCGCUGGAGGAGGACGUGCUUGCGUACGUGACCGAGCUCUACACGCGCAACCUCGUCGACUUUACCGAGACGGGUAUGAAUCUCUGGACGUACUUUGCGUUGGACGCGGCGACGCCACAGCAGUGGUUCAUGCUGCGCGAGUUUACGUGGUUUUUUGCUCCGUGCAUUGGCAUCGUCGCCGUGCUUUUGGCGUGGAAAGGGCUGUCGCUCGUGCAUCAACACUGCUGCGACAAGCGAUCGCGGCGCGUCCAGAUCUACCAAGACGCAGCCGUGGCUACCUAUACGGCCAGCGCCAUGGAGCUCGCCUCGAUGCCUUGCAUCCCAGAGCAUUUCUUAGACCAUUUUUUGCCGAGCGAAGACGGGCUGCCCGUUGCGGGGCUUGUCACGAAGCGGCUGCAGCCCAUUCACAUGGGACCCGACUCGUUUCAAAUCGACCACGAGUUUCUCUGGGGCGCGGGCUGGGUCAUCUUGCAUGGUAUCUACGUGGUGCGCCAAGACGACCUGCCGCGGAUCUUCACCAACGUCGUCUUCCAGGCGAGCAUCUUCAAGGUCCACUGCUGCCUCCUCGCGACGCGACCGGGCCCCCCCUGUCGCGUCAUCUUGGAACCGGACCUCACGACGCUGCCGUAUUGGAACCUUUCGUGGCGCAACCUCAGCCAUCUCUCGCUGCGGUCGGCCUCCGUCUUGCUUUCGAAAAAGGCGGGAAACGAAGAGCCUUCGAGCAGUACGAAGGGCCGCUUCGAGUCGGCCAAGCGCAGGACGCUCACCCAGCGCCUGAGCACCAAGAAGAACAUGUAUGCAUAA